AUGAAUGAGGACCCGGCCAUUGUCGCUCUCUUUGGGCCAGCCCCGCUGAAUAUCGACCUCACUGCCAGUGAGGUAUCUGUUAACAAUGGUGUGGUCAUUGCAAUGCUGUGUCUGGCUGCUUUGUUGGUGAUUCUACGCUUCACUGCUCGAAUUGUCCUCCAAAAUGCCUUGAUGGCGGAUGACUGGGCAAUUAUUGCGGCACUAGUGAGUUAA